UCCGCGGUCGGGCAGUGCGGGCUCAGUGCGGGGCGCAGCGCGGAGCCCGCUGUGGAGCUGCGCCCUUAUAGCGGGCUGAGCUCGGAGGGGGCUGUGGUGGCCGACCCGAUGUUUUCCCCCAGCCAAGAGGAGCACUGCGCCCCCAACAAGGAGCCCGUCAAGUACGGGGAGCUGGUGGUGCUGGGGUAUAAUGGCUCCCUCCCUAAUGGUGACAGAGGACGAAGGAAAAGCAGAUUUGCCCUUUACAAGCGACCUAAAGCAAAUGGAGUUAAGCCCAGCACUGUUCACGUGAUUUCUACUCCUCAAGCAUCCAAGGCUAUCAGCUGUAAAGGUCAGCACAGCAUCUCUUACACUCUAUCCAGAAAUCAGACGGUUGUAGUGGAGUACACGCAUGAUAAGGACACAGACAUGUUUCAGGUCGGGAGGUCAACAGAAAGCCCCAUAGACUUUGUAGUGACAGAUACUAUUUCUGGGAGUCAAAACAACGAUGAAACUCAGAUUACACAGAGCACCAUAUCCCGCUUUGCAUGCAGGAUUGUUUGUGACAGGAGCCCGCCAUAUACAGCAAGGAUAUUUGCAGCUGGAUUUGACUCUUCUAAAAACAUAUUUCUCGGUGAAAAAGCAGCAAAAUGGAAAAAUCCCGAUGGCCACAUGGAUGGGUUAACGACCAACGGGGUGUUGGUCAUGCAUCCGAAAGGAGGGUUCACUGAGGAGUCUAAACCUGGAGUUUGGCGUGAGAUCUCUGUCUGUGGGGAUGUAUACACCCUCCGGGAAACCAGAUCUGCUCAGCAAAGAGGGAAACUGGUAGAAAACGAGACCAACGUCCUACAAGACGGCUCCCUCAUCGACCUGUGUGGAGCCACCCUUCUGUGGAGAACAGCAGACGGACUGUUUCACACCCCGACUCAGAAACACAUCGAAGCUCUGCGACAGGAGAUCAACGCCGCCAGACCUCAGUGUCCCGUCGGGUUAAACACUUUGGCGUUUCCCAGUAUCAACCGUAAAGAUGUGGUGGAAGAGAAGCAGCCCUGGGCAUACCUCAGCUGUGGUCACGUUCACGGCUAUCACAACUGGGGACAUCGCAGUGACACAGAAGCUAACGAGAGGGAAUGUCCGAUGUGCAGAACCAUUGGCCCCUAUGUGCCUCUGUGGCUUGGCUGCGAAGCGGGAUUUUAUGUGGAUGCGGGUCCUCCAACUCACGCGUUCAGCCCAUGCGGACACGUGUGCUCUGAGAAGUCUGCAAAGUACUGGUCUCAGAUCCCUCUGCCUCACGGUACUCAUGCAUUUCAUGCUGCCUGCCCUUUUUGUGCAACACAACUGUCUGGGGAACACAACUGCGUCAAGCUUAUUUUUCAGGGUCCAAUUGACUGAUAUCACUUGGCGGUGACCACGAUAAUGUUUUGUUUAACGACUUACUGUGAAAAUUUUGCCACUAACUCUAUAGAUUUUACCUUUUUUUAUAACGUUAUUAAUAGGGUGGUAGGUUGGGGAUGGGGAACUGGCAAAGGAAACGGUGAGGAACUGUGGCGGAGUGGGAUACAUUGAUACCUGGAACUCAGCAGAUAUCAGUGGGGUUGCAUGCUCAAAAGCAGCGUAUUCACAAAGUCUUCUUGGUCAAAUUGUAGUAUAUUUGUAUUCUUUUUAUUAGUACCCUGGAUCAGAAGAAAAAAAACACAGAUGUCUUAAUGAUUUUUUUAAGCUAAGAUUUUUUAAUGGAAAGGUUUUUCUUCUAAACUUUGACAAGCCUUUAAAACCUAUUUUUCAAACCUAGAAGGAACACACAGAAUGUAACUGUCUUUAAUUUGCAGUGUAAUUUAACUUGAAUCGUUUCUCAAGGAGCUAAAGCAGAAUGUGUGGACAGCCAUAGGUGAAUGUUCACUAGAGAUAAUUGGAGACGUAAGAGAAAAAUUAGCUGCCUAAAUUGUAGAGUAUAAAUGUAAUUAAAAUAUUUAUUAUGGCAUAACGCAGCUGGCCAACAAGGCAUCAAGGAUUACUUGAAACUGAGGAAAUCCUGUUUGCAUUGAUUUCUUUUCAGUGUAAUACAUGUCCACUGCUCAUUAUGUGUAGUGUAUGGCUGGGUUUUGUUUUGUUAUUGCUACCCCGUUUAACUUGCAUAUGGCGAAACCUCUUUUCUACAUACAUACAUCUGGUUUUAAGCCAGCGUUCUGUGUACAUGUAGUCUGAUCUCUUUAUUUCUGCUUAGUUUAGCUUGCCCUAACUGCGCCUCGCGUGCCCAGAACCAUUGGGUUGAGAUGUAGCAAGCCUUGAAAAAUUGAAUGCAAGAAAGGGAUGUAGUGCUACAGCAAAACAGAAGGCUCAGGUGCAAUUGAUACAGAACUUAUUUACAUAGACCUGGCUUCAGGAAAGCACUUAAUAUAUAGGUAUAAUCCCAUAGAUGGGACUUAUUUUAAGUGCUUCAAUGGAUUGUGGUUCUACACUGUUAUGGUUUGAAAUAAUACGAAAACAAAGGUUAAAAACAAUUCAUUUGAGCUCACUUAGUAGCCAAAAUGCUGCGAGGAGGGGAGCGUCCUUUCUAGUUCAGCUGAGUAUUUCUGUUCAGUUUCCAACUGGCUGCCAUCCCUCACCUCUUUAUGCAGAUUGAGACGUGUUCGUAUCUUCUUCUUUUUAAACGUUUGCAAAUCAAACAGCAUUCAGAUGUAAUCAAACCCACGUAUUAGGGUGGUACAUCUGAAGUGGAUGGCUUGGAAUCCCCGACUUCUUAAGGGAGCUGAUAAAUAUUUACUACAGAGAUAAUUAAAUCAGAAUUGCAUAUGAGUUGUACCCUGCCCACCGUUAGUGUCACUUCAUGCAGAGUGAGACCUCUGAUUUGGUUCCUGCCUUUUGCUUUCUGUGUUCUUGGUAUCUGAGGUAUCAAUCUAUCCAGUCUAUAAAGAGAAACAAGGGAGAAAAUGACAGCAUCUCCAGGUUCAAACUCAGUUCUGUUUAAUCAACUGUAGCUCUUUUUGCUAUAUUUGCGCCCUUUGUAUAAAUAGAUAAUUUAUAUGAUUUUAAUAUAUUCUGUAUAUAUAUAUAUAUAUACUUGAAUUGGCCUGUUCAUAUUUUGGUUGUAAAAUUAUUUUAUAGUUAACCUUAUAAACAUUCGACAUGUCCCUUACCAGUGGUGGUGGUGGGACGUGCUUUGUCUGCUGCUGGUUUUAGUGUCAUUUUGCUGUAUAAAUGUUCAGCAUUUUAAUCAUUUGAAAACAGCUUUACUUUUUACUGCUUUUUUUUUUUUGCUGUUUUUUUUUUAACGUUUUGGCUCCGUAGCAUUUUCUCUACACAAUCAAACUGUACACGUUUGUCCCGCUCAGUGACUGGAAAUAGGAUGCAUCUUGUUAACAGAAAACGAUACGCUUCUUCCUAGUGCCUUCUCAAUGAGAUCCUCUUGUGAUUCCGUGUGCUGAGUCCUUAAUCCCACCAGACAACCUUGUGGCUGAUCUUCAUCAAGGAUGGCCAUCCAACCAGAUGGGGAAGAAACGCCUUUGGCCUUCAGUUCCUCCUUCUGGUUUGUGUCAUAAAUGUGAAGGUGCCUCUUCCCUCUUUCUAUUCAAUACAAGUUCCUCAGGUUCCAUACGCAUAGCGCAGCAUGAUUUCUGUUCAGCAUAUACCUCAUCUGUGAGAGGCAGACUCACCUCCACCUCGUUCCUAUUGGACUCGGAAAUACUUCACUUUGUUUCUCAUGAGAGAUGCGAUGAAACACGCUUUCAGGACAUGCUGACUGUUGAAUUCUGGCUGUGAUCUGUGUGUUUAUGUUUGCUGGGGGGGCAGAAGUCUUGGUUUCCAUGUGCAACAGCUCCAUCAGCCUGGGGUGGCUCAGUUUCUCAUCCCAUUUCUCCUCUCAAUAACCACACACCUCCCCAUUCUAAUUCAACUGGAAGCAGUAGUUUCAAGACAAGCAGGACCGACCCUGUUUGGAGAGACUGAACUUGAGAACCACGCUCAUACUUUGUUUUUGAGAGCUCAUUUCACGAUCCCAGCGUUGAGUUUCUUGCAUACCAUUUCAAGCACUGGCAGCACAUUCUGCAAAGUCUUCUUUUUUAACCUGUUAACUGUUGACUCGAUUUGAAUGCUUCAGAAACAGCUUUGACUGCAUAACUUAAAAGUAUUUUUUCUAGUCUGAUCUUUAAAACAGGGAAAAGUCUGUCAUAUCCACGCAUGCUGGAGCUGUAACACUUCUCUUUUUCCUGGCAGCUUCGUGGUAGAGUGCUGAAGUCUCAAUAGGCAGCUCAGUAGCGAAUGUUGUUCUUUCAUGAACCGUGGUCCAACUUGUACAAAAGAGUCAGCACGAUGCUGCAUUUUAAUCAAGGUUUUUUUUUAUUUUCCAAGCGUGGUCACUUUGUGCCUCUGGUACAGUAGUAGUACUGUACUGGCAUAGCAAUUAAAGGAGGGUUGUGUUUCUAGGGGAGGAUGGGAAUGGGGCUGAAAGGAGACGAAAGCUGCUUCCAUGAACUGCUGUGCCAGGAGCUGUGACUGUAACUGUUCUGCUUUCGGAGCUGGUUCAUGCCACCCAAAGCAUGGAGGUACUGAGAUGGGGCUGCCCUGAACAGCUGAGAGUCCCAUAAAGAACUGCAACUCCCUCUGACCAGGAUUUACUCUUAUUAACUCUUUGUACAUUCUGAAAUAAGCUCUUGGCUGGGGUUGCGGUAGCUCCCCCUCUGCUGCUCACUCGUUUUCCUGCUGUUCUGUUUCUGGAAGCAUCUAGUUAAGUCUCUGUGCAUCUGGUUCAUUUUUCUGGGCUGAGAGAUCCAUUGGUAGCGGUCUGGCCAUCGUUGUAACUGAUGGUCAUUGAAAAGCAUUUUUAAUGUGCUAGGAAAGCUGACAUGGCUUGACUCGAUUUUGAAAGGAGCUGUGCUUGUCCCUUUCUGUCAAGGAUCAUUCUGCAGGGAAUGGUAAGUCUUGUUUUAACCACAAUUUCUGCUGAUAUUCUGCACUGGAUGUGGAUGGGUGGCUCCCACAGGAUGGGCAGGUAGAGCCAUUAACCCAAGGAGCUGAGAGGUCUGUUGGGUGUUGGGGUUGAGUAGAUGUGGGCAGCCCAACUCCUGGAGUGUUCUGACUGAGGAUCCUUCCUUCCUCAUCAUUUACUCAGUUUUCAGCCUCUUGUGAAUUCCUGUUUCCUUUCUUUCUCUCCUUACCUGCCUAGUUGCAGGUAAAUCAGUAAAUACAGCUUGAAAGGAAGGCAAGGAAGAGAACUUAGAUGCCGUUAGGCUUGCUUCUUUUCAAGGAAAACAAAGUGAAGUUACAAAUGUCUUUUGAUUAUUUUCUUUCUCAGUACUUAUAUUCCAUGAGCACUCUUCACAACCUUCAUACUCGGUGAACUAAAAGGAUGAGAUGAGCUUAGAAGAUGGGGCAGGUUUUUGGUGGCGUGGGGUAGUUGCUGGGCUGAGAAGUUGUAGCGUGUAAACCGGGUCCCACUGACUGCAUCAGGGCACUUUGGUGUUGAAGUCCGUUCUGUUUCCAUCGCGGUGCUUAAGGAUGGGCUGUGUGGGAUCAAACACGCUGCAAAGAGCCUGUAUUGCUGCCUCAUAGCCAUAGGAACAGCCUCAGCCACAGUGUGAUGGUGAAAUGGUCACCUUCCAGCAGCGUUAGCAGCUCGUAGACUUGGUGUGUUUGUAAAGCUGGUCUUUUCUACACUGUGUGAAAUGAACUGAUUUCUUUGCUGUUGUACCCGUGGAAGUACAAGCCAUUUUAUGGGGCGGGGUGGGGAGAAGAAGAGGGGAGGAAAACCUUCAUAAAACAAAAAGAAAAGAUUAAAAUGUUAUCUCAAUAUUCUCAUCGACUCCUCCAGUUUAUUUUUCCCCCGGUGAUCGAUUGUCAGAGCUUGCCUGGGAUUUGCAUUGCCGUAUGAACGUUCAGAAUGCCACCACUUCUCUCUUAUCCCCCUUCCCUCUGUUCCUCAGCAAACAAAAGCUCACACCUCUGAGGAUCCUUAAGCAUUGGAGGUAUGGAGUGGAUUCAGGUGUGAGUUGCCCUGAAAUUCCAGUUGAUUGACACCCCUGGUUUUGAAAUGGAGCUGUUUGUUUUCAAUGCCAGCUGCCUUCUCGCGGUGUUAACAUAAUAGCGAAAUAAAAGCAAUUUCCAGGAAUAAUGUG